AUGACACGACAUUAUCUGAGGUUAUCUGGUUAUGCUUUGUUGGCGGCAACAUGUCUUUCUAGCCAUGCCGUCGUUUCGUUUACCACUUCGUCUGUUCCCGCGCUCGGCAGAAGAACCAAUAGCAUGGGUGGGAUUGGAAUGGUACAAUUGAACGGCGCCUCAGACAGUGAGCUUCAGCAGAAACAAGAACAAGAAGAAGAAUCCACAAAUGAGGAUCUCUGGUGGAAAAACUACAAAAUGGAACAUGCCAAAGUGGCAGAACAGUCUCGACCUGAUUUUGAGAUUUUGUCGACCACGUUGGAACAAGUCGACAAUAAGCCGCUCGUGUACUUGGAUUCCGCCGCCACGUCCCAAAAACCAAAACAAGUCAUCGAGGCACUGGACCACUAUUAUACAAAACUCAACAGCAACGUCCAUCGAGGGGCUCACACGCUGUCACGAGAAGCCACGGCCGCCUACGAGGGAGCUAGAGACAAGGUACAGAAACUCAUUCACGCCAACAGUCGCAAUGAAAUUAUCUUUACAUCCGGGGCCACGGAAUCCAUCAAUUUGGUCGUUUACAGUUAUGCCAGAGCCAAUCUCAAGGCGGGAGAUGAAAUCCUACUCACCGAAAUGGAACAUCAUUCCAAUAUCGUACCCUGGCAAAUGCUCGCUGAGACCAUUCCAGGCCUGAAGCUCAAAUUUGUCAAGAUGGAUCGAGAGACGGGAGCCGUCGACCUGAAAGAAUUUAAAAGCAUGCUCAACAGUAACACCAAAAUGGUCGCCUUUCAACACGUCUCCAACGUGGCGGGUUGCGUUAAUCCAGUCACCGAAAUGGUCCAAAUGGUCCGUGCACAGGCGGACGCCAAAAUCUUGUUGGAUGCCUGUCAAUCCGUACCGCACAUGCCCGUCGAUGUACAAACCUUGGGCGUCGACUUUUUGGCCGCAUCAGGACACAAAAUGUGCGGACCAACGGGAAUUGGGUUUCUCUGGGGACGAGAAGAUUUGCUCAAUAGCAUGCCACCCUUCCAAGGAGGUGGUGAAAUGAUUGAUCAAGUCACAUUGGAAGGAUCGACCUAUGUGCCGGCACCCGGACGUUUCGAAGCGGGAACACCGGCCAUUGCCCAGGCCAUUGGGUUGGGAGCGGCCAUUGAUUAUCUGCAACAAUUAGGAAUGGAAGAGAUUGAAGCGUACGAACAUGAAAUGGCCGAAUAUCUGGUACGACGCAUGGAACAAGUGGACCGGGUGACGGUGCUAGGACCAAAGAGUGGAACGCCACGGGCGGCGCUUUGUGCCUUUAUCGUAGAUGGAGUGCAUCCCAGUGAUUUGAGUAGCUUUCUGGAUAUGGAAGGUGUCGCCGUGCGAGCGGGACAUCACUGUUGUCAACCACUGCAUCAGUCAUUGGGGUAUUCUCAUUCCGCACGAGCCAGUUUGUAUCUGUACAAUACCAAAGAGGACGUGGACACGUUCAUAGAAAAGCUGGAGAGUACUAUCGCUUUCCUGACUGGCCUUGAAGGCGAAGGUGGUCAGGCAGAUGAUGACUUUGUUCCCUUCAUCUAG